AUAAUCGAACUAAAUUUAACUUGGUUGAACUCAACUUAAUUGAACCGAAAACUAUAAAAGAAAACUAACUACAUUAAAUUGAAUUUGUGUGAACUAGAGUAAAUUCCCCAUUUGAGUUCAAAAGAAGAUAACCUUAUUCUUGUUUUCCCUCCAACACGAAUAUAGUUUUUGAAAUGAGUUUUGAAGUUUGAAGGUUGAAGGCAAGGCAGCAAGUUCAAAAAUGGAGUCUGAACCAAUUCAUCUCGAUACUAUUCGCAGUCGAAUUGCCGAAUUAUCGGAGUUCUUAAUACAUUCCCCUUCUUCUGAUUCCGAUCAAUUGCUCCAACACUGCGUUUUAGCCCUAGAGACCAAUGUCAACCAAAUCGUCGCAGAUCACUCGGAUGUCGGGUCAUUCAAAGAUCAAGACCUCGAUGCAUACAUGGAUCGUUUGAGAGAUGACCUUAGAACCACUGAGGCCGAAACUGCUUCCUUAGCUGAGGAAAUUCAAAGUCUUAGAAAAUUGCACGUUCAAGGUACUUGUCAAUUGGAAAGUAAUCUUGAAUCGUUGCGCUAUGUUGUGGAAUAUGCUCAAUUGAGGGACAAUCUCCUCACACAGCCAGUGGAGGGAUCUGGAGAAGAAAUAUCAGGAGAACAUGUUGGGAAAUUUAAACAAGUAGAGGGUCAACCACAAGUAAAGGCACAUCACGACGACUACUUUGAGGUCCUAAAGCUGAAACAUCAAAUUGAGAUGAACGAAAUGACAUUAAAGUCUUUGCAGGAUCACCUCAACUUGAAAAGGAUUGAAGCUAUCGAGAAUAUCGAGGAAGCAUUGACUGGGUUGAAGGUGAUUGACUUCGAAGGAAACACCAUCAGGGUGUCAUUGAGGACAUACCUUCCAGAUGUUGAAGGUGUGAUAUGCCAGCUGAAUGCUGACGAUAAUAUGAAGCAGUCUGAAGUGAACCAUGAGUUGUUAAUAGAGGUCGUUGAUGGGACUAUGGAGCUUAAGAAUGUGGAGAUAUCUCCAAAUGACGUUUACAUAGGGGAUGUUGUUGAAGCUACAAACACCUUCAGCAAAUUAUUCUCUGUGUCGCCAGUACCCCAGACAAGGUCCUCCUUGGGAUGGUUUUUGCAGAAAGUCCAAGAUAAAAUCGUCGUUUGCACUUUAAGACAGCAAAUGGUGAAGAUCGCUAAUAAUUCCAGGCACUCAUUUGAGUAUCUGGAUAAGGAUGAGUUGAUUGUAGCUCAUAUGAUUGGUGGGAUAGAUGCCUUUGUAAAGCCUUGUCAGGGUUGGCCACUAUCCACUUCCCCACUGAAGCUAGUCUCUUUCCGGAGUUCUGAUCAGAAUGUGAAAGAAAUUUCUUUGAGUUUGCUUUCCAAAGUUGAGGAGUUGGCAAAUUCUUUUGAUCUUAAUAUACGGAAAAGCUUAACAAGUUUUGUGGAUCGCAUUGAAGAGACACUUUUAGACAAAUUUCGUCCAGACCUCCAUCUUUAACAGACUGAAGUCCGUUGGUGAAACACUGUUGUCCAGUACAAUUUAGUACUCCACCAAUAAUCAUCUGUUCUCCAAAUGUAUCUUUAUGGCUCUUGUGAUCAUGAUGAAUAUCAGUAGUCUUAGUUUCAUUUCAUGGAAUUAUUCUAGGAAAAUUUUGAAUAAUUGAUAUCUCCUACAUAUUGUAUCAACUUGUACAUGAAUGGAGGUUGUUUUGUUGGGGAUAUGAGGUGAUUUAUGAAUGACUGAAUGUACUCGAACUUCAUACUUAAUUGUGUUUCUUAAAAAUGGUGAAA